GCGCAGUGUGACUGGGAUGGCGCAUUUUCUUGCACCGAGUAAUGCGGAGUUGCUAGUAGCUGAGGAGGGCGGAGAGUUCUGUGGUGAAGUAGGAGGAGGGAUUCAUGUAGGCGUUGGAAGAAGCCUUGAUCUGAACUACAAAGAGGGAAGCUGAUGUUGGAUACUUUACUGAGGACUGGCAUUGGAAAGUCAUCAAAUUUGAAAACAAUGGAGAAGAGUCAAGAAAAUGUCCAAAGAAUUCUUCUAGAACCCUACAGGUACUUACUUCAGUUACCAGGUAAGCAAGUGAGAACAAAACUUUCACAAGCAUUUAAUCAUUGGCUAAAAGUUCCAGAAGACAAACUACAGAUAAUCAUUGAAGUGACAGAAAUGUUGCAUAAUGCCAGUUUACUCAUUGAUGAUAUUGAGGACAAUUCAAAACUCCGACGUGGCUUUCCUGUAGCACACAGCAUCUAUGGAAUUCCAUCUGUCAUCAAUUCUGCCAAUUACGUAUAUUUCCUUGGCUUACAGAAAGUCUUAACCCUUGAUCACCCAGAGGCAGUGAAGCUUUUUACCUGCCAGCUUUUGGAACUCCACCAGGGACAAGGCCUAGAUAUUUACUGGAGGGAUAAUUACAUUUGUCCCACGGAAGAAGAAUAUAAAGCCAUGGUGCUGCAGAAGACAGGAGGACUAUUUGGAUUAGCAGUAGGUCUCAUGCAGUUGUUCUCUGACUACAAAGAAGAUUUAAAACCACUGCUUAACACACUUGGACUCUUUUUCCAAAUUAGAGAUGAUUAUGCCAACCUCCACUCCAAAGAAUACAGUGAAAACAAAAGUUUUUGUGAAGAUCUGACAGAAGGAAAGUUCUCAUUCCCUACUAUUCAUGCUAUUCGGUCAAAACCUGAAAGCACCCAGGUGCAGAACAUCUUGCACCAGAGAACAGAAAACAUAGAUAUUAAAAAAUACUGUGUCCAGUAUCUUGAGGAUGUAGGUUCUUUUGAAUAUACUCGAAAUACUCUUAGAGAGCUUGAAUCUGAAGCCUAUAAACAAAUUGAGGCAUGUGGUGGAAAUCCUGAGCUAGUAUCUUUAGUAAAGCACUUAGGUAAGAUGUUCAAAGAAGAAAAUUAAUAAUAUUAAGCCAUUCUUGAUUGAUAUAUAAAACUUGUUUUAGUUAUUUUUUUUGCCUUUUAACCUAUCAGCCUUUCACAAAUUUGGACCAAGCUGUAAACCACCAAGAACUGAAAAAGUAAGAGUGAGAUGACUGAAAUUGUUUCAAUGUAGAAACCUAUCCAGAUAUCUAAUAAAAAGUCAAGGCUCAAAGGAAUCACAUUUACGUUAGUCUAAUUUAAAUAUUAGAGUUUGUAGCAGAUCAUUGUGACCAACUGUCCCCUACUUCAACAAAUGUUCUGUUGAUCUUUUCAAUAUGAGACUUCCAGAAAUUUUUUCUGAAUAUUUCCUUACUACUAUUAUAGGCAGUUUGCUCAGUCACCUCCAGUGUCACACCAGUGACAACAUAGGACCAGUGUGUCUAGCAAACUGGCCCAGAGGCCACACCACUGCUUUCUUGAAUGCUGCUACUAAGAAUAUCUUAGCAUCCUCUCUGGAAGCCCUAUUACUAAAGCCUGGGUGAAGGCUGAGUGAAAAGUAGUAAUCAGAUCCUUUUUGCUACUGUCUGCCUUUUCUUUUCCCUUCAUUGCCAUUCUACAAAUCUGCUUUUUUAACAAAGGAAUCUUUACCUAAUGAAAUUCACAUGCUAGCUCUUUUUCGCUUUUGCAACGUAUUUAUGUCCCAAACUUAUUAAUAUUUCAUUUUAAAAAGAAUCUAGAAUAAGCAUUUUAGGAGGAAGCCUCUGAACCUGGACAUAUUUCCCCACUACAGAUAGUGAAAAUCUUUAAAAGACUAUUUGUGGGCUGGGGAAAUAGCUCAGAGGCGUAAGUGCCUGCCUGCCAAGCCAGACGUCCUGAGUUCAAUUCUUGUACCCCAAAAAAAAGGCUGUUUAUCACUAGUACAAAAAUGGAGAACUACCCUUUUUUUCUCACCCAAUUGCUGUCUUCCUUUCCACCCUAAAGGCAAUAAAUGUUUGCAAGGCAAUAAAUGUUUGCAUAUAAGAGUAGGACCAGGUGUGGUGGUGUACGCUUAUAAUCCCAGCAUUGCAGAGACUGAGGCAGGAGGAUUGCUGGGAGUUUGAGGCCAGCCUGAACCGUAUAGCAAAACUGUCUCAAAAAGAUGGGAGAAAACGGGGAGUAGGCACCUGUAGUCUGAUUGAAGAAAACCAAAGCAUUAACUCUGUGCCUGACUAAAACUAUUCAAAGCCUAGACCAUUGAGCACUAAUUGCUUUUUUAGUGUCUUACCCCUGACCUAGCUGUAUCUUCAGUGUAAUUUGCAUACCACUAAGCUACUGUGACAGGAAAGGUAAGAAAAAUAAAGACUUUGACUCCCAUAUUAGAAGUGUUCACAUCCAAAAAUAAAAGAUAAUGCUUGGUAUUGUUCCAUUUUGCUGGAUUGCUUCUGUAAUAUGUUGAAUCUUUUUAUCAUAUACUUGUAUGAGAAAUUCUUACCUAAGCACUAAACCUAAAUCUUAAUAAGUUGGAUGCUGUCCUUCCUAACUUUUAAAAUAAUUUGAAGGCCAGGGAUACAUAGCUCAGCAGCACAGCACCUGCCCCACACGAGCAAGGUCACCAGUUUGAUUCCUGGUACCAAAAAAAUAGUAAUUAGAAACUCCUAUUUUGACAGUAAUAGAGGAACCACUUAAAAUUGGGGUAAUUGUGCUACACUAUGGAAAUUUGAAUGUUUAUAAUUUGAUUCUUUCGAAAAGCCAUGAUAACUUAAAAAUCUAAUGUGACUAGGCAAAAAUUAUUUACCUUUAAUUACAAGAAUGCUUAAAUAAAAUGUUUUCCUUGCCUAA